AUGACCAAAAAAGGAAGGUGCAUCCCGUACUACUUCUCUCGGGAAACAGACGGUCCUGUCACCCGGCAAGCGCCGACGCGCGCCAAGUCAGGGUGUGAACUGUUGCUCGGCUCCAGUACCGUCUUCGUCCCCUUUGGAUCGAUCUGGUGGUGGGGCACCCACAAUGGCCUCCCCGACGGCGGCCUCUGUUUCAAGGUCCCGAAAUCGAUCGCAGCCCAAGCACCAGCCUCAGAAACCGCGCACAACUAUCUGACGCUGCGCUGCCUCUUCAUAUUUGCAGUCGGACUGUUGGCGUGCUUCGUGGUGCUUUAUAGCAACCGAGGAUUGGGUUUCAAAAUGAUGGACAUUGACGGGGAUGCUGAUGGGAACGCUAUGGAUGUUGACUCGACCCCCUUGCCUGGUUCUCGACAUGCUUCGAAACAUGGGACAACACAGGGCUUGACCAUCCCAUUACCUGGACCGAUUGUGGAUGGAAAGAGGCAGAAGCGGUUCAUGUGCAUUGAUGGUCCUGGCGUCAAGAAGCCGAUGCUAGUAGAGUGGUGCAAGCGCUUCCGCCUCCCGCAUUCUGGAAACAUGGCGAGCCUGCGCGAAAAGUUGGUGUGGUACAGUGAGCACGAGGAGGAGUGGAACAAAACCAUCCCUGCAGCACGCCGAGCACACCUCGGUGGAUCAUCGAGGACAACGUUAAAGAAGAAAUCAGUACGAAGGACCGAAGCCAUGUUUGGUCAAGGUUCAACAGUGGCUCGAGCACCCAACGCCGACGUUCUUCCAACUGAGAACUUACAGCCAAAGCAAACACAGGAGGAGCGCGACAGGAUCCUCACAUGGGCCCGAACGAUUGUCAAGGAGAAUCCGUAUCGUCCUAGGGAGGAGAGGCGAAGGAUGGCUGCACAAAGGGCGCUGUUGGAGCGAUCGACGAAUACGGAUCCUGCUCUCCAAGCGACGCUCGAAUAUACGAGCUGUCAGCUCAAUCAGCUCCUCUCACACAUCGUUGACCCAGCCAACAACCGAACGACGGCCCUGUCUCCCCUCUCUUUGCUCACCACCCUUCCGGCACACUCUUCUAUGGAUCCAGCACCAUCUGAACACGGCGUUGCACCCGUUUUCACCAUGCACACAACGGCGAGCUUGUCCAACGCAGCUGUCCCUCUCCCAGUGCAAGUCAAUGACACUGUCCCAUCUGUUGAUGCGGUUAUCACACGCACCCUCGUUUUGGGUGACAUGACACGGAUUACUUUCACGGCGGCCGAUGUCAAGGCACCACCCAUCAUCUCGUUUGCACAUGACAUCGCAGGACUCAACCGUAUGUGGGACGACACAUCAUCAAAUUGGGACAAUGUAUCUCCGUUGGUCAUCUGCGGCCGCCCGAUCGCUCUUGUGUAUUGGAGGAAUGUGUACAAGAGCUCGAGGGGAAAGAAUGAGCAUUGGAAACCUGGCCAGUGCCGGGGAACCAAAGACAAAUGGUUCAAGUGGAGGAUCAUGGUGCACCGCUAUCGUCAGGGCACUCCAGAGAGCUUUUGGGAAGAGUUUACGAGGGAUGGGGAGAGAAUGAACUUUACGAGGAUCAUUGCAGAGUUGGCUCAGCAACGGGUUGCAGCAGACAACGCACUUUCCCGGCAGGCUAGAGAUGAGUAUGGCACCACAUUCCCUGCUUUCUUUUCGUACCGGAAGGGUGGGGUGACCCAUGCCAUGGUCAGAUCUUCCCACGUCGCCAAGCGGUACCGACAGCUGAAGGGAAUAGCAGGGGAGGGAUUAGAAUCGGAUGAUGAGGAUGAUUCAAGCGCAAUGGCAACUUCUCCCGCAACGAAAGCACUUGGUGGCUGGUUUCCGCGCUGGGUUAAAGUAGUCCUCGCGUUGUUCUGUGGGAUUGUCGUUCCACGAGAUCAAAUACUUUACAAUUGUCAUACUGGAGAACUCCGUGCUCCAGCCACCCCACUCGCAAAUAGGGGUUGGAUCAACCUUUAUGUCGAGAAGGUUGUUUCUGAAUAA